GCGACCCGCCCUCCCUCCGCUGCGACCCCGGCCCCCGGCCCCGGCCCCCGCUCGUGCUCCCGCCUGAGGCCGCCCGCGCCCGCCUCCAGCCGCCGCCCCGGCCUGACCUGACCGGGAAGCAGUUCCGCGGGCCGCCGCCGCCGUGACUCAUCGGCCCGCCCGCGUCCCCCGAUCGGGCCAUCUUGGUCGCGGCCGGCGCGGCAGACGGAGCGGCGGAGGAAGCCGGGGAGACCCAGGGCCCAGAACAGUCCAGCGCCCUGUGCAGCCCGCGCCGGCCGGGCGAGGGCCUCGAUCGAGGAGCCGCCUCCGGACUCGGCGUCGGCGGGGCCCGCACCGCCUGCCCGGCCCCGGCCGCGCGCAUUCUCGCGGCGCCCACCGCCCUGCCUCCCUCUUGCUUGGUCUUCUCAGCCACUCUGCGCGUCGCACCCCGCGCUCGCCCCGGGUCCUGCCUGGGCCUCCCCCAUUUUAGCCCCGCAGGUGCCCAAGUUCUCGGUUCCGCACACCCCCCUUCCCCCAGCCUCAGCCUUGGGCUGCCCUCUGGCCAACAUGGUCCAACCCCAGACGUCCAAAGCUGAAACCCCAGCCCCCGCCGCGUCCACCAAUGCCCAGAUGGAUGACGUCAUCGACACCCUGACCUCCCUGCGCCUCACCAACUCGGCGCUGCGGCGGGAGGCCUCCACCCUGCGGGCAGAGAAGGCCAACCUCACCAACAUGCUGGAGAGCGUGAUGGCAGAGCUGACCCUGCUGCGCACCAGGGCCCGGAUCCCGGGGGCCCUGCAGAUCACCCCGCCCAUCUCUGCAAUCACCUCCAACGGGACCCGACCCAUGACCACGCCUCCGACGUCCCUGCCCGAGCCCUUUUCUGGAGACCCAGGCCAGCUGGCUGGGUUCCUGAUGCAAAUGGACAGGUUCAUGAUCUUCCAGGCGUCGCGCUUCCCCGGCGAGGCCGAGCGAGUGGCCUUCCUCGUGUCCCGGCUGACCGGGGAGGCCGAGAAGUGGGCGAUCCCGCACAUGCAGCCCGACAGCCCCUUGCGAAACAACUAUCAGGGAUUCCUGGCCGAGCUGCGGCGAACCUACAAGUCUCCGCUCCGGCACGCGCGGCGCGCCCAGAUCCGGAAGACUUCCGCCUCUAACCGGGCGGUGCGCGAGCGCCAGAUGCUGUGCCGCCAGCUGGCCUCCGCGGGCACGGGGCCCUGCCCCGUGCACCCAGCCUCCAACGGGACCAGCCCAGCCCCGGCUCUGCCCACCCGAGCCCGGAACCUCUAAGAAUUGGCCUGGUCGCGUCUGCAGCCACGCAGACCGCAUACACCCUUCGCUGCGCAGAAGAGACGUCCGUUCAACAGCAUCGCCCUGGUUUGAAGACCUUCCUUCCUGCCUCUCCAGACCUGUCCCUUAAGGAGAUCUUCCUAACUCACUGUGGGGCGCCCUGUUCCCCUCCUGGCUUCCCAGUGAUCUGUGCUGGCUUUGUCCCUGCUGCGCAUGCGUCCCCUCUCGCCUGCAACCCCCCACUCUUCUGGUGAGCACAGCCCGGACUCGGUCACAGCGGCUCCACAGCCUGCUGCGACCAUUUGGGCUGACCUCCCCCAGCCGCACUAGGUUCCCGCCGCUCCGCCUCCACCCUCUGCAGGCCCCCACGGCAGCCCCUUCCCCUGGAUGCCCUGUGGUGGGUGAUGAGCUCACUGAUGCCCAAGGACAGCCACUUGGGCCAGGCUGGUGGCUGGUCUUGGGCUCCUGGGGAGGGGAGUCUGGCUUCCCACCCCGCAGCGAUCGCCAGGGCCGCCAGGGCCCAGGAUAGCAGCCGGGGGUAUCCACCCCACAGUGUGGCCAAGGGCUCACCGCUGGGAGUGUAGCGCCGGCGUUUCUGGGGGGCAGGCUUCACUGCACACGAACACGUAGUCACUGCACCGUCGCCACCGGGCAAGACCGCUGGCGCAGCGAAAGGGAGAAGCCCCCCAGAGGAUGCACUUCCACCAGCGCCUGGCUUUAGUGGGCCGCGUGCGGCAGCGCCGGGAAUCUGGGAACCUGGUACUCGCCGUUGUGACCUUGGCUCCCUGAGCGGCUCCACUCAGCCACCGCAGACCCACAGUCAUGUACACCCACGCCUGAGACCCACAGCAGGCUGGGGGGGGGGGGGGCCUCGCUUUGCUGCCCUGGCAGGGCCUCCUGUGGGAAUCCCCGCCAGCUCCUAGUGUGUACCGCCUCGUCUUUGCCCCAUGUCACUUGGUGGUGGGCCCGUCUAGCUCGAGACCCGUUCUCGUCUCCCUGCAGGUGACAUGUGGCCUUCACCUUAGCCCCUUCGGCCACCCACACCACCCGCAGGUCUCCAGAGCCUCGGUGUGGCAUGCCCUCCCCGAGCCUGGGCUGUCUGUCGGGUGUCCGGCCUUGGUGUAAGAGAACGUGGACUCGGAGCUGGAGACCUGGGUCCCCUGAGAGGCGUCAUUUUGCCUCUGGCAGCCCAGCCACGGCCAUGGUGGCAUCUGUAAAGGGAAAGAGCUGCGGUCUGCUUGGUCCCAGUGUGGGGACAGUACAGAACUGGCACUCGGGUCCUCAUUCUGAGGGACAGAGCGAUACCUCUUACGGCGGACAGUCUUUUGCUUCCUCACCGGGGAGACCCGGAAAUCACUUUCUCACUGAGACUUGGCCAAGCCCUUUGGGCCGUGAUGCUCUCGCCAUAGUCAAUGCCAAACGAACUGCGUUUAUGUGGCCGCCCGGGCCGCGGGGGGGAAGACGGGGUGUCUUGCCCUGGGUCCGUCUGCCCUGCUGUGACCAUGGAAGUCUCUGCACCCUGCCCCCCUAAGACCUUGGUCUCCGGAUACCCA